CUCAUGUAAUUUUCCCUACACCCCACUAGUAACUCCAGUUGAAUGGAAAUGUCGAAAUUAUCUUUAUAAUUUUCAGGUAGUUGCAUCCCUACCAACGAAAUUGUGUUAAACAAUAUAUUGGGCUAGUAUUCCAAAGGUCGUAGGUUCGAAUCCCACCGUGGCCGGGCAUAUUUUUCAAGCUCGCCCGGUGUGGAUAUGCACUCAGAGUAACAUCACAAACAUAAUAUAUACCCAUUGUGUAUGGUUUCACGCAUCAGAUGCUUGUUAUAUAAAAUCGCGCUGUUUAUAUUACGAAGUAUAUCAAUUAGUUACUUUCAACUCUUGUAUACCGUUUGAUGUUAAACAUUUUUCAUAGUCUGUUUAUUUUGGCGCUAAACCGGAUUGUUCCACACUUGUGUGAUACGGAUCUCGUAAUCAGCCAAUCAGAAUGAUAUAUUUUAGUUAUGGACAUGGAGCUUCGGACUUUUACUUGAUUUCCUCAUUAAUAUCUCAGAGUACAUGCAUGUAUUAUUGUCGUGUGUAUACAAAGAAUAAAUACGAGAACAUAAAUUAUGUUCACUGUAGCCAGUAUUUAAACUGACCUCACAACUUGGUCUACUGACUGGUACUUGACUCAUUACGUAAAAAAUCAAUAGUUUGCAAUUUUGAAAUAAGGUUGAUUUUGUUGUCAUCUAUUCACAUGGCAGCUGCGACCAAACGUAUAUCCUGUAGAACCAAAUAUAGGUCCUGAUAUUGGCGUCCAAAUAUUGUAGCAUACUGUUGUUGAACUAACGGAAACCAAAGAUGACAUUUUCAAGUAAGUGUACCGCAUGUUCGACUCAUUAAUUUGGUCCAUCACACAUCAGACGUUCCGGGCUUAGUCAAGUACAUUAUUCAAUCCCUAUGUAUACAUAUUAAUGCUGUCUGCAUGUUAAAGUUGAAUAAGAAAAAUGCGGCUUGACCUAGCUUAGUCAUGGACGCCAGAAAGAGGGGGAGGGUCGGUGGGGGUACUUGCAACCUUAAUUCCUGAGUCAUUCCGGCGUCCCUGAGUCCUUGCUACAACUUUUGUUAGUGACUUCGCCGCUGCUAAACAAAGCGUAAAAAUUGCAGCUCACUUCGCUUGAAAUCAUUUUCAGUUUGGCCGCUGAACGCUAUACAGCAUCCAUUGGAGUCUUGAAAAGGAUUUCUGUAAAACAAAGAAUUUGGGUACGUUUUGAAGACUAAUAUGUGGAUUUAUGUUUCAAAGCUAUAUUAAGUUCAUUGGUUUCAAAUAUAUUUUACUUGGCCACUUUGAUGGGAAAAUAAUGGUGACCUAAUUAUUGUGGCCUAUAGAAUUUAAAAGUUUCCGCUUAAUUUGUGUACACGAAACUGAUGUAGAGCUUUUCUUGAAUUGGUGCACACACAUGCAGACAUUCAGAAACUUUCAUGCAACUGUAAAACUUGAUUUUUUUUCAGCCCAAAUACAAUUAGAUAUUACACGUGUCCAAAUUUUCACAGUGAACAAUUAAAAACUUUAUUCGAACAGAAUUAAUCUAUAGACCAAACCUAAAUCAAUGCAAACCAUGCAUAAAUAGGGUUAGCGGUAUUUUUGCUGCUAUUCCUAUGUUACCUAUCCAAUCACUGCGUGGAAUGCAUGUAUUUUAUAUCAAUCGCGUAGGGUACUGCUAAGAAGCAUCUUAAAGAAGCAUUUCAAUUUAAUAAUGAAAUACAUUUAAUCUCAGAAAUAGGGAUACUGAUUUAGCACCACCUAUGCCGAAAAAAGAAUUCAGCAAGAGGUGCUUCAGUUAUAAUGGUGAGGCAAAUAUUGCUGAAUCCUUAAGCUCUUUCAAAUCAAUAUUAAAACAAAGAAUGAGUUGAAACGUGCUUGUGUGUGAUUAAAAAUCAUUGUAUUUUCUUGACAUAUUUUGUAUUCCUUGUAAAUAGUUAAUUUUAUAUUUCACGCCCCUCAUGGAAAUCAGCCCCCCAACGGCUGUUGAGGCUAGCGUGCAUGAUUAAAUAACGUUUGUAUGCAUGUAUGUAUGUAUGUAUGUAUAUAGAGGGACCUAUACAGUUAACCAACCCGUAUAAGGUCUGUCAUUUCUAACAAAAGUUUAGGGCGCUGGUCUGGGAAUACUGUAUGUAUAGUUUGGAAAGAACUAUGGAGAAUACAAUUAAUAUAGGUUAAUAAUCAUGAUAACAAUCCAACAUUAUUUUGCCAAAAUAUGUUGGCCAUCGGAAAAUCGGUCAAGACGCAUUUCCCUCUGACGGAUCAUGUCAUCCGCCUCACGUUCAACAAUAUGUCCAUACAAACUAGCCAGAUUAGCGGGAUCUGAGCAACUGUUGUUGUGGGAAUGAUGCAUGCAUGAGAUUUUACUUAUAGUUCGUGCAACGACGUAUUUUUAAACAUAGAUAGAUCAUAAGGAACUGCAUGGGCAGCGAUACUUCGAUUUGACAGAGUAAACCAUCUGCUUGCCGCAUUGAUGUGAAGAAGAAUGAUCAGACGAACUAUCAUGUCUUUGGCCAAGUUAGUCAAGUUUGCCCACAAAACCUGUUGAUAGUGUGAUAAAUCAGGUCGUUCAUUCUAUCUUAUCAUUGACCAACACAGUCACAGACGUAGCUACGUUUCCUAGUUGCGCGAUGGCAUAUAGUUGUAAUUGUAAACUACAACCAUGCUGAGUCAGAAGAAGCGAUUCUGAGAGAAAGCAAUUUGCCCGUAACUUACCAGAGCACAUCCCUCAACAGAUUAUGGAGAAUAUGGAAUAUGCAUUUUCACUAUGGCCAGGGCAAUCUAGCUCAAUUUAUAAGACAUGCAUGCAUAUAUAUCAAUCAUCCUGUAUAAAAUAAAUCUGACAACUAUUUCCUGACGUAAAGUUUGUUGUUCACGCUUACAAUGCACGCAGUAUUGAUAUUGAGAUGUUUAUUGCAUUAAGUGUAGGUUAGCUAACACGUCGCUAGAAUUCAAAUGAAUAACAAAUUAACUUGAUAAUUUUAAGGUAACAAAGGAUGUCAGCAGUUGGAGUAAUUACAUUUUUCGCUUUCUUGGCAAUCAUACAAGGUAUUUGUGAUAAAUCUUUAUUUGUUAUUAAAUCUUUAAUAAAUCGUUGUUUAUUUAAAAACUGAAAGAUGACGGAUAGAUGAAUGAAGAAUGAUUGUCUGAAAGAUGAUUGUCUGAAGGAUGAUAGACAGAAAGAUGACAGACAAAAAAAUGAUAGACAGAAAUAUGAUAAAAAAGCCGGUUGAUAGACAGAAGAAUGAUACACUGAAAGAUGAUAAACAGAAAUACAAUAAAUAGAAGGAUGGGAGAUGAAAAGAGAAUAUAUACAGGAGGAUGAUAAGAAAGACAAAGAAAAGUGAGAAAUAGAACAACCAGGAAAGAAAAAUCUAAGAAUUGAGGACAUCGAUUUUAAUGCAUUCUUUCCCUCACAGCUGCCCCACCAAAGCUUAGUGGCGAGCGACAAGUUGACUUUACGGGUUUUGCCGACCACUUCAAAUCACUGAAAUGUAACAUUGAAGGUGGCACAACUUAUGAGUGGUUUCACAACGGCAGUAAGAUCACACGGCACUCAUCUAUCUUUAUUAUGAUUGGAAACCGUAUUUACGUCAUGGAAAGGCCAGUGACUGACACGUUUCAGGGAACAUAUCAAUGCAAGGCUUCGAAUGAUAAUGGAACUCUGUGGGGACCAAAAAUUAAUGUCUAUUUUACACGUACGUCAAUUAAUAAAUUUGAUUAAAUUUAUUCGGUAUGCUGCUUUAGGUGUCGUCGGUCUUACAGCGAUCAGUGCGACCAUUAUAAUUUCAGAAUGCCAGAAGAGUGUUAUUCAUUCAAGUUUUUCCGCGUACUCCAUGCUGUUUCCACUUGUGAUAACACUUGACCACUAAGGGAGAACGGUUUUAUAGAACUAAGAAAGUUAUCUUGUACAAGUUUAGAACUAAAAAAGUUAUUUAGUAUAAAUAAUUAGACGGUUAGUGAAAUUUUUUGCCGGGAUAAUAAACCUUUACUGCAUGAGUAAGAUAUAUGGGCCAACUAAACCGGAUAUAUUACAAAAAUGGUUUUCCAAAAAGUCUCUAUUUUACACUCUUCUCCCUUGAGAUCUUGUAAGGCAUUGAAAGCCACAAUUUACAGCCCAGUUCACAUGUAAAAUGUGAAUCACGCAUACUACGAGAAUCCGAACUCCGAAGGUGAAAGGCAAACACCUUAAUUAACCAUUGUGCUAUUUGAAUGAACGCCACCAUAACAUAUGGCGAUCGAUUUUGAUUUUCCCGCUCAGACUUGCACUUCUAUGUUAUAGUUGUGGGUAAAUUUUUCAAGAAUGACAACGUAGUGGAGGAGACAACCGUUACAGUAGGAGAAAACCUAACCCUAACCUGCCCCCCUCGCACCUUGUCCCGCAACGUGUUUUACCACUGGGGCGGCCGACAAGGAACACUAGGGGUAUGGUUCAUCCCACCGGCAAAACAUUACAUGAUUAUGGAGGAUGGGACACUCCUGUUCGCCAAUGUAAAAAGACAAGACUUGCAGUAUUUUAAUGUCGUGAAAAAUGGCGUUAGCUGCAGUAUUGAGUCGAAAGGGAAGAACAGACGUCUGGCGUUUUCACAGAGGUUUUUACUACGUGAAGUUGGAGGUACGGAAAGUUUGUUUCAAGUUAAUCAUGCCUACCUCACUGGUAUCCAGUCGAUAUAUUUGGACGUGGGCUUUGAGGGCCUGGCGCUGAAAUUAAAAAACAUGCUUGUCACCAUGAGUAAUCUCUUCUGGUGUAGGUAGCUAGUGCCAAUAUACUUCUAAAGCUGCGGAUUGAUAGGGAUACAAACUUGAAGUUCUUGUAUUUUUUUGGUAGUUCUAUCCCAUGCUUAUACCUGGCCAAAAACCGGUCUAGACAAAACAAAUAACACUAUUGAAACAUGGGCCAAUUAAAAUUAUUUUUUAAACAUGCACCAUUUAAAUUUUCUCGUGUUCAACGAUGAGGUACAUAUGCAUAAUAGACCUUUCCGGUAAUUACGUCACGACAGUAACACUAUUUUCAACUUAAGACCACCUUAAAUGGAAUAGAUUCCAAGUUUGUUCUUCACAGGCUGUGGUCAGAGAAGCAGAACAUCCUUCGUCAACAUGCACAUGCAUAGAAACAAUUUUGGAUUUUGACCAAUAAAUGUGGAAAUAAGCUUAAACACGAAAACGAGACUGAGGGGCCAUGGCCCCUUUGGGCCCCUCAGCCUCGUUUUCGUGUUAAAGCUUAUUCCCGUAUUUAUUGGUCAAAAUAAUAUUAUCAUGCAUGUGUUAAAGAAAAUGGAAUGGUGGUUCUAAGUUGAAAACAAUUUAGUUGUGACGUAAUUACCGGAAAGGUCUAUUAACAUGGAUCUUUAACAUGGCUUAACCCCAUCUUGAAGUGUCCCAAACUGGGAUACCUUUUACGGUUUUUGUCCAGGCUUUUAUCGCUUGCGUUUGCGUUCUUGGGCCCAGAUUUGGUUUAACAGAGCGAUAAAGCCUGGGAACCAGGCUGCAAGCAUGCCAUGAAAUAGUUUUGUGAGAAGUGUCAGUACAACAACCGUGUAUGUUGAUACUUGCAAACGUAUUUCAAUUGCAUAAAGAAUCGCGAUAUAUAUUUUAUCUUUACGUUGUAUGCAGGGAAAUGGGAAAUUGUGUAUUUAGUCUAUUUAGUUCAGUCUUAAUUACGAUAGUAAAUACGCCGCAAUAUAUUCUUCAGCAAAUUCUCUCCAAAAAUUCUACAAAAACUGAAAUGCAGUAAUCGAGCUUCAGAAAUUACUGGGGGAGCACCCACCUGUCUUCUACGAAAGUAGAGAUGUUAUAUUAGUAUUGCAACGAUAAUGAAAAUAUUGAAGGUAUAACAGGUAAAUUUUUAACAUUCAAGUUCCAAUUGAGGUAAUAAAAAUCAUUUGACACUUCACUCCCUUACUCCAAAUGGUUCGCAACCUACCCGAAGAAAACGCCCCUGAAUAUUUGUAAUGAUGGUUGGUUAAAAAUUAGUAAUCUUGAAAUUGGGAAAAAAGACGUGUCAUUGUUUUUAAUAUUCACGGUACCAAUGUUUUCGAACUUGCUGAAUGUCACAUUUUCUGUUGUAAAUAUUGUUAUCGCUUUUUACAUAUUGUCAACCAAUCCUUGCUUAUUAUAAUUUCUUUAGAGAGAAACGUGAAACCUUUCGGACCAACCAUCAAGACAGAAUUAGAAGAUCGAGAAGUAGCGAAAGGCACAAAGUUUGUUAUCUUUCGGUGUGGAGCCAUUGGUCUGUAAGUUAGUCUUUGUUACUUUACAGUUUUAAUUAACUUACAAUUUUUAGAACUAGUAAAAAUAUUUUGAAAAUGAUAAAUUUUCUGCGCUUCGUAAACGCGCGAUAUAAUAUAAUAUAAUAUAAUAUACAGAAAGCCCAUUAUAAUACUAUCACAAGGUUAGAAUAGAAUAGGUUAUACCAGUGCAAUACAAAUGAAAAAUUCAGGUAGGAAAAACAUAAACAGUCAGAACACAACACAAUGAUAAUUCUAUUGUCUAGCAACAAAUUAAAACCAAGGCGAUAUAUAUAUAUAUAUAUAUAUAUAUAUAUAUAUAUAUAUAUAUAUAUAUAUAUAUAUAUAUAUAUAUAUAUAUAUAUAUAUAUAUAUAUAAAACAGGUGGGAAAUUUGUCGUCGCUGACCAAAAAAUCGCGGGCAGAAACAAAGCUCAUUGCAUUUACAUUCAAAACAAAGCAGAAAGUUAGCAAGAAGCUGUUUUAGCUGACGAUUUUUUGCUUUCCAUUCAACGAUUUACAAAUUAACGGUUAUUCUUUUAAAAGUCGACUAUGAGUUCUUUGGUUUGGGACAUUUGUUUUGUAAUCGAGUGAUUGGAAGAAGUUAAUAUGGCGACGUGAACAUGGGAGUAAAUACCGUAUACGUCGAUCUGUGGCUUGUUUAAAACCGUAAUAAACGAAGAAAGACGUGAUAUGAGAAUGAAAUGUAAGUUGAAAUUAACUUUAUAUGCCUCACAUUUUCCAUCCUAUGUUUCUUAAUGUAACUUCAGCUGUCUAAGUUCAAAAUACAAGCUCGCGAAAUUUGACAAAUUUUGAAAAUAUGUAAAAAUAGCUUGACUUUGAACUGUAUUUUCUCAAAAAUAGCCCGUGGCCUCAAUUUCAAAUAUAGCUAAAUGAAAAGAAAAAACUUUUAGGUGUUUGUAGGUAUCAAACAUAUCGUCAGGAAAAUAGGGGCUCACAAUGUUUUAGCUGAGUCUUUGAGACCCAGUUGCUUCGCACGUGUUGUUGUCAAAUUUUUACCAGGAAUCAAAGGCCGAAAUGUGAACUUCCUUCAUGAAAACCGCUUCGAGAAGGGUCUAGAUUGAAAAUUUAGCUAUUAAUUUCGAUUUCGUGAGCAUAUUUUGGUUACACGUUAAAUAUUUUUGUACUUGAUGAGAUUCAAAAUUUGUUGUAUAUUCAAGCCCGGUUUUAGUGUAAUUUUGGUGAUGACCGGAACAGAAAUAAAGAUAUUUUAAAACUGGCCGUGGCCUCACGAUAAAACAUUCUAAAAAUGUUCGCUGUUUCAUGUACUUUUAUUUGAUAUCUUAGGUAUAAGCGUAAAAAUAGGGGCUCAUACAGUUUGAGAGGUUGUAAAAUGCAUGACUUGCCUCUAUUUUCAUGUAAACAUUCGAAAUUUUUCGACAGCAUAGUAGCGACUGUUUCAGAUCGAAUGCACACGGACAGCCCACCAGAGACAAUGGCAGGGUACUGAAAUAGAACGUCACUAAAAAAUUCUGUAUGAUUAAUUUAGAUCAUGUCCAUUUUCAACAUAAAACAGUCAUUUAUUUUGUACAAACAUUUGGCAAUAUUUACACGAUUGUGCCUUUGUCCGAUCAGCCGAUUUUCUGGCGACCAUGCAUGCCGUUUUAGUAUUUUGCUUGCAUGCAUCACUAUAUUUUUCAUCACUGUGAAAAAAACUUGUAUUUUGAUAAAAUCGCAUUAUGGAAGAAUUUUUCAUGAUUUGGCGUGCUCAAUCGAGUUAUAUAUAAUUGAACACUUGGGAAGUUGGGAGAACACUCGCUUGAGUUAGAAUUCUUACGCUUUUUCGUUCUCUCUCAACUUCCCGCGUGCUACAAUAACUCGAUUGAACAUGCCAAAUCUUGAAAAAAUCUUAAUUAGGUUACUAAAUAAGUUGAUAAUAAUGACCUUUAUUUGUAUCCUUUACAACAACAAAAAUAUAAACAUUUUACACAAUUAAUGAUUAAAUAAAAUGGGUACUAUAGCUACUUAAAAUAACCAUAAGGCUAGAGACCAAGCAGCUAAAGUUCCAAUUAACCAUUGCUUACUUAUUCGUUGCAAAAGCAGUAAAAAUAUAAAUGGUGUUAUUAAAAUUUUGAAACCACUUGUUUACUUUUCUCUAUUUGGUUCGUUAUAUCGAACGCUUUUUUUGUUUAGGGGUAGCAACAUCUUUCCUAUUAAUUAACUAUGAUAACCAGAAUGUUAAUUCAAACUUUAGAUUAUGCAUGAAGCUUGUAAUUUAAUUAAGAGAUAGCAAUUCUUAGCUCUCACAUUUGACUUUUUGCUUUUUCUCAACAUCAUUAAUUUGUCUCCACCAUUUAGCAUUUCGUUUUCGAAUUCUCCUCAAAAUUAACUAAGCACGUUUGGAGCGUCGUACCAUGCACCCACUGAAUAAGUGGAUAUUUCCACGAAACAAAGUAACUUCAUGAGUUCUUUACUAGCUGGAUAUAGGCAUAUCGGUUCUAAACUAUAUUCUUCCCAGAAUUCCAGUAAAGAUCAUCACGGUUUAUAUAAGGUCCAGUUUCACUAUAAACAAACUUAACUAAGUUCGUGCAAAAGUUUGCCAAUCAGUAAUCAGAAUCGCGUAUUUUGGAGCUGACUAUUAUUUAAUUACACCCACCUCUGUACUAUCAAUUUUAAUUUACUGAUUUAAAUUCCCGCCAGACCCACACCGAACUACUCCUGGGCGUUCACUGCAAGGUUGAAUGGUACGGAGACUCCAAUCACAGGUGGUCAAGAUGGCUAUGAACUUCAAAAUUUCAAUCACAUGCUAAUUAUUACAUCAGUUGGGGCAAAACAUGAUGGAUGGUAUAAAUGCAAAGUCAGCAGUAAUUAUGGUGGCGAGAAACAUUCUGAUGAGAAAACAGCAAGACUUGCUGUCAAAGGUUUGUAGAUUAACUUUUUGUGUAAUCUAGGCGCUGCACCCUGCAUGGGCGCCGAAACCCCUUGAUCGAGCACUUGUGGUGUCGUGGUCGCCUCACUUGCAGUGGCGUAACGCUCAUUGGGUAGGGUUAGUUCCAAAACUAAGGGCCCCCGAUAGUUAGGGGCCCCCAUCACCCACGGCCUAUCGCCCAGAAAAUUAGAAAAUGUAAAAAAUGCAGGUUAAGAAUCAAUGGGAAAAUGCAAAAUUAAUAAUGCUAAAGAAUUAAGCCUCCAUCGACGACGGUAGUUGAUUUUUUUAUUCCAUCUCAAAUAAAACAAAAGUUAUUCUUAUUAGUUGUUACAUGUGUUGGAGACUGUUAUUGUUAUUGUUAUAGAUACGGAAUUUUCCAGAACAUUCUAUAAAUAUUCAAUAUAAAUAUAAUAUCUCAGUCAAACAAUGACAACAGUCAACAGCUAGGGCCCCCACACCAAAUAUGCCUAAGGGCCCCCUCUUCCUCCGUUACGGCACUGCUCACUUGCCUUUCAAGCUGGGAGAUCCGGGUUCAAUCCUUGGUCGGACCUCUACUCAAGGUCUUAAAAUAAUUGAGGAGAACGUGCUACCUUUACAAUGACAACAGUAAAUGGUUAAACUUUCGCGACAUCUCGGGUAAGAACGUUAAAAUCGUAGGUACGUACUGUACCUCAGCUCAGAUCCCCUAUAAAUUGGGCAUGCAAUAGCCUGCAAUUGCAAAAUCCGCUCACCAAUGAGUGAGAAACUCAUUAAACUUAUGUCAAGGCGAGUAGGCGAUGGAAGGAGAUGGCUGGCAAAACCGGGAAAGCGUUUGCAUAUGCGCAAAUGGCGAAAUUAAAAGAGAAGUACUCCAGCACAAUGAACUGGUUACGGACACGAUUAGUGAUUUUACGUUCAGCACUUUUAUGCCUUAGAGGCACAAGAGUCAAUUUUUAUGCUCCUUGUCAGUGCCGUAACGGAGGAAGAGGGGGCCCUUAGGCAUAUUUGGUGUGGGGGCCCUAGCUGUUGACUGUUGUCAUUGUUUGACUGAGAUAUUAUAUUUAUAUUGAAUAUUUAUAGAAUGUUCUGGAAAAUUCCGUAUCUAUAACAAUAACAAUAACAGUCUCCAACACAUGUAACAACUAAUAAGAAUAACUUUUGUUUUAUUUGAGAUGGAAUAAAAAAAUCAACUACCGUCGUCGAUGGAGGCUUAAUUCUUUAGCAUUAUUAAUUUUGCAUUUUCCCAUUGAUUCUUAACCUGCAUUUUUUACAUUUUCUAAUUUUCUGGGCGAUAGGCCGUGGGUGAUGGGGGCCCCUAACUAUCGGGGGCCCUUAGUUUUGGAACUAACCCUACCCAAUGAGCGUUACGCCACUGCUCCUUAUGCACAACCGCGAUUUCGAAUCUGCUUGUGCGGAGGCAAACAUUUAAAUAUUUUUAAGAAAAAUAUUGCCUGCCGCGGCUGGAUUUUGAACCCGCGGACCUUCGCAUUACUAGAUCGACGCUCUACCAACUAGCUGAGCUGCACGGUCAGACGGAUUUAAGACUAGAAAUUAUGAACUAUACUGCAUGAUUGUCAUAAACAUACUCGUUUAUAUUAAUUCAGCAUCGAACAUUAUAUAAUAACUACAGUGAAACAUUAAAAUGCCUUCGCGGGAUUCUCAAAAUGUCAUUGUUUCACUGUAGUUAUUUUAUAAAACAAUUACCAAAUGGUUUUCCAAGCACUUGGGAUGUUUAAUUAAUAAUAUAGCUGAAUUCAUAUUAGAAGACGGAUUUCCGUCUAUAAGACGGGAAACUCGUGUGACGGAUUUUCGUCUGGUAUGAAUAUGAAACGAAAACUAUCGGACGGAUAAACCCGAAAAAAUACGAGACCCUCCAUCCCAGUCUCUUUUCAACGUUACGAACAGAAACCGGUCUUGAUUUAUUCGUCUGCAUAAAUUUAAGACGCGAGUUUCCCGUCUAAGACAAGAAACUCGUAUAACUUUCCCGUCGUUCAGACGCGAAAGUUAUAUAGACGGAAAACCAGUCAUUAAUUCAGCUAGUGAAGAUUUAUCCAUGGAUUACCUGAAAGAGCAUUUGUCUGGCAUUGCUUUACCUUACUGCUAGCUAGCUGACAGUCAAUGGCAGGAAAAAACCCAAUGCUGUCUUGCGCUGGAUAUUUUGUACAUAUAUAUUAUCCCUAAAUAUUUAAUAUUUCUAGUGAAGAAUUUCUACCUUAAAAAUUCCUGAUUCAUAUUCCUACCAUCAAUAUUUACAUUUCUACCCCAAAUAUCCAUACUACUACCAUCAGUAUAUUCAUAUUCACACUACUUCAAAACUCAAUAUGGAAUAUUCAUCUUCCACCACCCCCCCCCCACCCCACCCCCCCAUGCUUCGAAAAAUCCAAAAGUGCAUGUGCUUAUAUAGUGAGAUCAGCAGGGAAACCGAGAAAGAUGCUGGACAUCUGAGACCAUGGGUUUCGGCACAAUAAAAGUAAUGCCGAGAGCCGCAUUAACAUAAUAUAAUUAUCUUUUUUUAGGUCUGCAGUAACAAGAAAACGAGCAAAAGACAGUAGAUGGGAAUGUAGUCAUAACUUUAAUUAACUUACUAGAGAAAUGUAGUGCAUGCUUUCGGCUCAUUGAUUAUCUAAAUACACUUGGUCACAAAAAGUCCUGUUUUUGGUAUUUUAUAUUUCUCUGUUUUCUGUUUAGCCACAUAUAUAGGGGAAUUUCAUAUUGUGAUUUCAGUUUUGCCAUGUAUAAAGCCUGGCGCACACGAUGCGAUUUUAGUCGGCCGAUAGAAAUCGUUUGACAUACUGAUAUACAUCGGUAUACUCCGCACACGAUUGAACUGUAGCCGCCAUGUUGCCAAAUAAAUACAAGCACGUGAUCACAGCAUGAAAUCUGAUUGGUUAUACUUAAAAUUCCACCGAUAAAAAUCGUAUAAUAUCAAAACGUUUUGAUGUUGUCCGAUCAAAUCGAGCAACAAAAAUCGGUUAAAAAUGACACCGCACACACAACGAUUUUGUUAGUUUUAGUCAAACGAUUUUUAUCGGCCGACUAAAAUCGCAUCGUGUGCGCCAGGCUUAAGGAAAUUCCAUUGUGACUCGUGUAUUGUUACAUUUUGACUGAACAAAACAACACAUAAAUUCUGAUCUACUAAUAUAACAAUAGUAUUUAUUAACGUCAACUAUUGUGGGUAGAAUUAUGUAGAAUAUAUGUUAUGCCAAAGUAGCCUGCGUCGCAGGUGGUUAUUAUAUAUGUGUUAAAUGAUCAGCUGGUUGUGCCACACAACCCAUGAAAGUCAAUGCCACUUGUAUAAAUAGCAUUUGUACAAGUUGUAGAAUUAGUUUAUGCAUGUGUUGUAUGUUUACUUGAAUAAGAAGAUAGAUGAAUUACGAAAUCGAAGAACGUGAGUAGUACGAUAUUAGAAUAAAGCAAGAGGAAGAGUUAUGGCGUGAAAUGGCUUCGAAAUGUACAAUAAUCAUGAAGAUGGACGCUAGUUGAUUUAUUGGAGGCAAAACACUAGUCUAUUGCAUGCCCACUAGCCUGAAAUUGGCCCAUGCAGACACCAUGUGGAUAUAGGUAUAAAAGAGUACUAUACGAUUAUUUUAAAACUCCCACUACCUGCGCAGCUGUUAAGCAUGAAUGCGUAUUUUGGUAAUAAUUAGUCAUAUAUCAUGGAUAUCUUGCAUGCAUGGAUGGUAUUAUGGGUAUGGGGUAUACGACUACUCCCAUGACUGCAUGGUUAAAAUGUACUAAUCGAGACGGCAACAGAGUGGGUGGGUAAAGUUAGUGAUUUACUGAGUGGUGAUAAAAAUAUUUUUCAGACCGGUCUGAUCUGCUUGAUAUUACAACAGUUUUACGUGAUACGUGUAUUGACCACCUCACGCAAAAACGUUAAUAAGUUGUUUUUGACAUUUAGGUGCGGUCACUAAUUCAUCAUCAGAAAUGUAAACAACUGAACAAAGUCUGAAUCCAUGAGUCAUCGCGUAUAAUUAUAAAAUUCGUGAGUGAUGAUCAAAUUUGGCAAGCUUUGUUCAUGAGUUCUUGACGUUUCUGAUAUUGAAUUAGUGAGCUCAAAAACAACUAUUGUUCUUAUGCAACCUUUUUGCGUGGGGUGGUCGCGAAUCGCGUGAAACUGCUGUAAACAACAGUGGAAACAAUCCACCAAAGCAACUAAAUUAAUACAUGAACUCACUAUAGACAUGCUGUAAGAUUCUUAUUCUUUCCCGGUGUUAAUUUGUCCCAAUCCCGUAUGUAAACUGUAAAGAGGCCCAAAAUUAAAGGGCCCUGUUAAUGCAACAUUUUGAAUAUGGACAGUUACUAUUGCUUUGAAAUAUGUGGGGACUAAGACAGCAACAUAUAUGAACAGGUAAAUGCUACCAAUUGCAGAAACAAAACAUUAUUAUUAAACGUAUUUCGAUUUAUCGUAUAAAAAGGUAUAUUACAUAUAUCAUGCACGCAUGCAUGGGCCUGAUAAUACAAUACUACAUUUAUUCCAAUUUCUAAAGCGCUUUAGUAGAAAAAGGGAUGAAUUAUUGUGUGAAUGAAUGGAGAUAGUUCAGAAUACAUAUUUCUAGCCUCACUCAUAAAUCAACAGUAGGAACAGUUGAUUUCCUUUUCUUUGAGAUUGACGGUAUAGGUAUCGAUGGUUGAUGUGAGAUCUCAGGGAUAAGUUUAGAAGAAGCAGCUAUAUGACGUGUUUCUUGUGGAUUAUGCGAUGACGUCAAGUCAAUGAAAUUACGCUGCAUAGUAGAAUGAUGACGGGUACUUGGUGUACCGAAAGAUUCAAUGCCAUUAGGUUUAUGCAUAUUUGAUAGUGGAUUAGAACUAACCCUCGAGGAAGCGG